UGUGAAAUAAAUUGAAUUUGUAGCUGAGUCACGUUUGCAAGCUUGACCGUUCAUAGGAACCUCCAAGAAGUACUAGUCUACCAACAGAACUUCGGAUUUACUUGCAAGUAUUUCUUCCAAAGGAGCGGCUUGCCUGGCACCCAACAAAGCAGUACUGGAAAGGCAGGCGGGAUUUACGCGAAACUUUUACAUAGGCUCCCUUGGGCCAGCGACGCCAUGACAUCGUAACCUGAAAGCUUGAUUUUAGGUAUCUGCCAUGGUUGACACGGGCAGGAGUCCGGAACCCUUUGCAACGACAGAUGGGGUGGAUGGCGCUGCGCAGGCGCCCAAGCGACGGCGCAUGGGCUCCGCCAGCGCCACCCCCGGCGCCACGCCUCCCACCAGCCAGCUAGGCUUCGGCGAUGGCGCAGUGGCGGGUGGGAGCGGCCAGCCCCUGGACGGAGCUGACUCCCGCGGGCAGGGGGGAGCAGGAGCCGCGGGGGGCACCCCCGGUCCCUCGCCGGCCCCGGGUGCCGUACCCAUCGGCAAGGGCCCUGCGGUGGUAGGCAAGGGCGGCAGCCUGGUGCUUGGGCGGGGAGGCGGAGGCGGAGGAGGCAACAAGGGCAAGGCGGGCAGCAAGGCGGGAGGAGGAGGGCCGGCGGGGCGCGCUGGAUCGGGACUGGGCGGCUUCGGAGGAGGGGGAGAUGAUGUGGCGGAGUCGGGGACCAUCCUGGUGCAGGGCAGGAAUGGAGAGGUCCGUCUCCCGCUAGACAUCGGCGCGCGGGUGGACUGCAAGUGGCGUGACGGCGCCUACCACACCGUGCGCAUCAUCGAGCGACGCAACCUGGGGGGCGACCCGGCCGACCCGCGGGCCUGGGACUACUACGUGCACUACGUGGGCUUCAACCGGCGCAUGGACGAGUGGGUGAGCCUGCCGCAGCUGGACCUGAGCACCGCCGAGGUGGAGCAGCAGAUGGAGGGGCCGGCGGACAAGAAGGGUCAGAAGAAGAAGGUGGCUGCGGAGGAGCACGACAGCGACAGCGAGCACGCGGACUUUGACCCCAACCAGCUGCGGGAGCAUGAGGAGUUCACAAAGGUGAAGAACAUCGAGACCAUCGAGCUUGGUCGCCACGAGAUGGACACCUGGUACUUCUCGCCCUUCCCGCCCGAGUUCAAGGACGUCAAGAAGCUCUACUGCUGCGAGUACAGCCUGCACUUCUUCAAGCGCCGCUCGCAGAUGCUGCGCCACCUGCACAAGUGCGGCAUGCGCCACCCGCCGGGCAACGAGAUCUACCGCAACGGCAACAUUUGCAUGUUCGAGGUUGACGGCAAGAAGGAGAAGGCCUUCUGCCAGAACCUGUGCUACCUGGCCAAGCUGUUCCUGGACCACAAGACGCUCUACUACGACGUGGACCUCUUCCUCUUCUACAUCCUCUGCGAGCUGGACGAGCGGGGCGCGCACAUGGUGGGAUACUUCAGCAAGGAGAAGUGCAGCGAGGAGGGCUACAACCUGGCCUGCAUCCUCAUGCUGCCCGCCUACCAGCGCAAGGGCUACGGCAAGUUCCUCAUCUCCAUGAGCUACGAGCUGUCCAAGCUGGAGGGGAAGGUGGGCACCCCCGAACGCCCGCUGUCCGACCUGGGUCGCGUCUCCUACCACGGCUACUGGACCCGCGAGCUGCUGGCCAUCCUGCGCGACACGGAGGGCAGCAUCAGCAUCAAGGAGCUGUCGGAGCUGACCGCCAUCAAGCCCGACGACAUCAUUAACACGCUGCAGCAGCUGGGGCUCAUCCAGUACCAGAAGGGGCAGCACGUCAUCUGCGCGGCGCCCAAGCUGGUGGAGAAGCACCUGAAGGCGGCGGGCGGGCCGGGCCUGGUGGUGGAUCCCUCCAAGAUCGUGUGGACGCCGUACAAUGCGGAGCGGGACUACGCCAACUUUGGGCGCUGAGCGUGUGGCGGGUGUGUGUGCUGCAGGGGACGUCAGUACUCUUAUGGGCUGUGCUGGCGGGCGCUGGGUGGUGGUAGUGGGGUUGGGUGUACAGAUGGGUAAUGUCCUGAUGUGCAGAUGGGAGUGGGCGGGGGGGGGGGGUGGGCUGUGGUGGAGGGUGGAUGGUGAGAUGCAGUGGACGGGGAUGUGAUGGAGGAUUGUAGUAGUGCAGAAUUGUUUGUUGGGCGCUAACGGUUGGUGGGAUGCUGGCACGAAUGCAGUGAACUGGGUCUUACGUGUAGACUAGAAUCCUUGCGUGUCAACAUUGCCUCCCGAAGGACUAACGUGAAGACCGUGCUUGCCUUUGGAGGGCAUGCCCACACGCAGCAGAGUGUUAUUCGGGGGCAAAGCGGGAUAUAAGCUGAAUCCUUAAUACAAAAUUACGUGUAAAGACCACAACUCUUA